GCGGUGACAGAGAUUUGGAAACCCCUUCAGAUGGGAAUUUCCACAUGAGCAGGAGAAGCCAUGCGUUUCCUCACCCAUUUCCACCAGGAUUUCGCUGGGAUGGCACCGAUGUUUAUGUAUUUAACCAACCUCUGUCUUUCCUGGAUCUCUGCAGGGAGAGGAUAGUGGUUAAAGCUCGAGCUGGAUGGAUGGGUAUGGGGAGAGGGGCAGGAUCCACAGCCCUGGGACUUUUCCAAAUCCUCCUUGUCUUUCUCUGCAUCUUCCCUUCAGUGACAUCCCCAUGCAAGAUCCUCAAGUGCAACUCUGAGUUCUGGGCGGCCACGUCAGGCUCCCACCACGUGGGCACGGAGGAGGCGCCAGAGUUCUGCACGGCGCUGCGAGCCUACGCACCUGCACCCGCCGCACUGCCCGCACCUGCAGGGGGGACCUGGCCUACCACUCUGCUGUGCAUGGCAUAGAGGAUCUCAUGGUGCAGCACAACUGCUCCAAGGAUGGACCCACCUCACAGCCCCCCCUCUGAGUGUCAGGAAAUUGAGCUUGUCUCAAUCACUGCUUAUAUACCAUAAUGUGAGAGUCAGGAAACUGAGUGUGUCUGAAACACCACUUACAGUCUGUAGGAAGCAGGUGUGAAAGUCAGAACAGGAAAAUGAGCUUAUCUCAGACACUACUUUCUUUCUAUGAUGGAAAACGGUGCAAGAAUAACCACAAAUGAAGCAAAGAACAAGGCUGUUCACUUUAGGUACUGUGUGGACAAGUUCACUAUGGCCCCCUUGUUCAAGGCUCAUAAGCUUCCACAGGAUGUAUAAUGGAUUUUUAUUGGGUAACUCAAGCUGACUGAGUAUGCAUGAAAGAUGGGGUCAGAUAGCAGACACCGUGGUAUGAGGACAACAACCACCCGGAGGACAUUCGCAGAACCCCAGCUGUGGAACUGUGUAUGUGUUCACUAAAACACAUGCAUCAUUAUCAGAGUAAAGCAGGUUUCAAA